CGCUCGCAUCGCAUGCCCAAAUUUGUGCCCCAAUCAAAAGCAGCAGCGAGGCGACCGAGCAUUCCGCAUCCCUCCCGAUGGAGUCGCCGCCGUCGCCUUGUCCUCCCUCCACCGUCCGGCGAAAUCCUCCUCGGAGGGCGAAGAAGGCUCCCUGCGCCAGUACCCUCCCUGCCUCCGCAUCGGUCGAGAACCUCAACGUUUUCCUGAGGAUCCGGCCCCUCCAGGUUUUGCCGCAGGUUCUAGCACGAAAGCCCCCCAAGGUCGAAUCCAGGGCUAACGGGAAGGGGGGUGCGAGGAAGGUGGAUAGAGAGAAAACUGGUGAGUGCUUGACCGUGAACGGUCCGAGCUCAGUCACGCUACUGGCACCAUCGUCUCUUCUUGACUCGAAGCGGAUCAAGAAUGAGCUCUACGAUGGGUUCUCUUAUGUUUUCCCUUCGGAUUCAAGUCAGAAAGAAGUUUAUGAUAUGGUGGCGAAUCCAUUAGUGAUGGAUUUUAUGAGAGGAAAGAAUGCUCUGUUAGUUGCACUUGGCCCCACAGGUUCAGGAAAGACUUACACUAUGUUUGGGUGCGCGAAGGAUCCUGGCAUUGUGCCUCUUACCCUAAAACAAGUUUUUAGAUGCAAAUCACAAGAUGAUCAUCAUGCAAUGAGAUCCUAUUAUAUGUCAAUAUUUGAGAUAUAUUCUGAAGGAGGAAAAGGGGAAAAAAUUCUUGAUUUAUCUGGCAAUGGAGUUGGGCUGACUUUUCAAAAUUCAACCCUGAUUGGUCUUAAAGAGGUGAUGGUUUCAAAUAUUGAAGAAGCUGAAAAUCUUCUGGCACUAAGCAUGCUCAAGCGUUCUACUGCAGCAACAAAUGCAAAUGAGCAAUCUAGUCGAUCCCAAUGCAUUAUAAACAUUCGCAGUGCUGAUAAUAGUCUUCGUGAACAAGAUUAUUCUUCUGAUGGUGCUGUUCUCACUAUAGUGGAUCUUGCUGGAGCCGAGAAGGAGAGAAAAACUGGAAAUCAGGGUGCAAGAUUAAUGGAAAGUAGCUUUAUCAAUAACACAUCAAUGGUUUUUGGUCAAUGUUUGAGAUCUUUGCUUGAACAUCAGAAGAAUCCAAAGAAGCCAUUGGAGAAGCAUUUCAAGAAUUCAUUGUUGACUAGGUAUUUGAAAGAUUAUAUGGAGGGUAAGAAGCGUAUGGCUCUGAUUUUGACAGUAAAACUUGGGGAAGAUGAUUAUUCAGAUACCUCUUUUUUAUUGAGACAAGCAUCUCCUUACAUGAAAAUAAAGUUCACCUGUGUUGAAGAGCUUCUAAUCAUACCUAGUAAAAAAAGAAGCACAUCUUCACUUGUGGAUCAUUGUAAGAGGAGGAAGAUUAACGUCUCAGAAACCCUACUGGAUGUUGAAGCAGAAAGUGCAAACGACCGAAAUGAAGUAUUCAACACAUUUGAGGAAGGUGAUGCAAAAAAACAGCUUCAAGAAAUGGUAGUACCACAAUCUUCCUCUAUUUCUUCAGAGAUCAUUGAUGCUCCAACUACAGUAAGCCCCACUAAUGAUGAGCUUCUUAUUGAGCUGCAAAGACGGGCAAGGAGCGAUGAGAUUAUGCGAAAUUUCUCCAAGGCUCUAUGGACUGUUCUAAAGCAAUAUAAGCAGAAACUUAUUGAAUCAGAAAAGAAUGUGCAUAAUCUCAGUGAAGCAUUCACAAGGGAGGAAAACCAAGUUAUCAAACUCAAGAAAGAACUGGAGGAGCUUAGGUCUUACUGUUCAUGCCAUAGACUUCCAGUUGUUGGUGAAUCAAGCUCCUUAGAUUUGGGACCUGUGCUUGAUUGUUGUGGUUCUGACCUGCUAACAACUUCACAAAUUAAUUCGAGUAACAUACGUGCAGAUUUUCAUUCAGGGGAUUCUGUUACGCUGGUGGAUCAGAUGCCUGCAAGUUUACAUGGAGAAACACUCAUCCAAGAAGAUUUUAAGGUGCUCUCUGAUUGCGGUCCUUCAUGUACCUCAGGGCUUAUAAAUGAUUCAGACAUCACUGGUGGAUGCUCAAGUCCUUUGAAUAGCUUCAUGGAUAAUGAGUCCAAUUUUCCUCCUCCAUCUGUUAAGGAAGCCACUCAUCUCGAAGAAAAUAGUAGGCUGACAAACAGGAUAGAUAAUUUGGCUGGAGAGACACACAUCCAUAACGAUAUAAAAGAAAUGCUGGACUGCAGCACUAGGACAACAUAUAAUUUAACUCAAUCUGACAGGGUUACUGGAAACUCAAGUCCUUUGAGUAAAAAUGGUUCAUCUUCAUUGGUGGGAGAAAUCACUUAUUCAAAAGAAAACGAAAGGUUAUCAAAGCCAGAUUUGUUGCAAGUACAGCAUGCCAAAUCAAUAGAUAAGUAUCAUCAGCGUAGAAUCCUAAAAGAAAAAAAUGGUGUCAUCUCAAAAUCUGCAAAAGCUGACAAACCGAAGAGGAGGUUGCUUCCAGCAUCAACCAUGUUACUGAAGGAGAUGACAGGUCUUGACAUAGAGGCCGGUAAUCAGGAUAUUAGAGGGAAAGCUACAAAAGGAGAGCAAGGAAUAGCUCAGAAUCAUGACUCACUUUUUAAUCUUUUAAGAAAGCAAUCCUAAAAUCAUCGGCAAUUUAAAGCUGACCUACUUUAUACUCGACUUGCAUGAGAAAUAGCUUGUAGAUACUUCAAACUCUGCCUUUUGCAUAACUGGUAUGAGGAAGUAACACACGCGGACAUACAUUGUUAACAUAUUUGUUUGCCUAUAGAUGUAAUCUAUAUGGCAGUAUGGAUCCUGAUUUUGUUUGGCAGGGAUUUUUCUGCAAAAGCAAUUCGUAUAGAUUACAGUACUGUCUCUCUUUCAGAGGAUUUGCGAUUUUUUUAAAUGACACUCCUUUGUUGACUAGAAAGCAAUUUAUUCAUAAAAAAUAAUUGAUAUAUGCUUUUUUA